AGCGCAUCCGAAACCAAAUACGUAGAUCCAUUACAACUUUAUGCUCGUAAAGUUGCUACUCAAAAAAGUGGCACGUCAAAAUCGGCACCUGAUGCUAAAACAUGGUCGGUUUCGGAAGUUAUUGUAGUUGAUAAGAAGAAAAAGAAAAAAAAGGGUAAACUUAGUAUUGGAGGUGAAAAUGUAUUUUACGCUAGUGAAACAGACAAGACUCCAGUUCAACUUUGGAAUAUUAGUGAUGUGGAGAGUGUCAAAUAUGAGAAAAAAAAUGUUACAAUAACAUUUGGUGGUGCAAAGCCAGCAACAUUUAAUUUUCUGGUAUCAAAUAAAAGUGAUGCUGAAGCUAUUUAUCGACAAUAUGUGGAAUGUACCGCAAGUUUAGAAUUGCCAACUGUUAAUAUUGACACAAGCUCUAUGAAAUCUCCACGAUCAACUUCAGCACAUGAUAACCAAGAUAAUGAAGAAACUGAGUCACAAGCUGGCGCUGAAGAAAAUGAUGUAGAAGAAAUUAAUGUAGAAGAGAUUAAUGUAGAAGAGGUUAAUGUAGAAGAGUUUAAUGUAGAAGAGUUUAAUGUAGAAGAGGUCAAUGAGACGGAGUUGCCACCACCAAAACUUGGCAUUGUGUUAUAUGAUUUCGAUGCUCAAGGCGACGAUGAGAUCUCAAUCCGUGAAGGUGAUGAACUUUGGAUUAUUGAUGAUGUUAGUAGCAAUGAAUGGUGGAAGUGUCGUAAAGGUGACGAGGAAGGCAUGGUACCCUCUUCUUAUAUUGAUAUUCCAAAUGAAGAUGGUAAUACUGACCAAGAUGCUGCUGAGGAAGAGCGUCAACG